AUGGCCGCUCGCAGCGCCGCUCUCAAGAUCGACUGGGCUAAGGUGUCCACCUCGCUGGGCCUCCGCGGCCAGACCGCCGCUUCCCUGCAGUCCUUCAAGAAGCGCAACGACGACGCCCGCCGCAAGGUCCAGGUCCUCUCCGAGCAGCCCCAGUCCGUCGACUUCGCCCACUACCGCAAGGUCCUGAAGAACCAGGCCAUCGUCGACGAGAUCGAGAACCACUUCAAGAACUUCAAGCCCGCCUCGUACGAUGUCAACCGCCAGCUGAAGGCCAUCGAUGCCUUCGAGGCCCAGGCUGUCCAGAACGCCGAGCAGACCAAGGGCAAGAUCGACUCUGAGCUGGUCAACCUCCAGAAGACCCUCGAGAACAUCGAGACUGCCCGUCCCUUCGAGGACCUCACCGUGGACGAGGUUGCCUCCGCCCAGCCCGAGAUCGAUGAGAAGACCGCCUCCCUUGUCUCCAAGGGUAAGUGGAUGCCGCCCGGCUACAAGGAGCGCUUCGGCGAUCUCUCCGCUGUCUAA